AAAGAGGUACUGCUUUGUCCAGUGACGUUUAAUAUUGUUGAUUGUGAGAAGAGAUUCUGUUUUUCUCUCUUAUUGUGGAGGAUUCUUCGGGAAAUUGAGUAAAUGUCAAAGCAUCGUUGAUGCAAAAAUGUCAUCGAAACGUGUCCAUAGUCUGGUUACAAAAAUUUCGGCCCUCCUCUUCAAAAGCAAAUCAAGACGGAAAAUGACCAAUUUCCUAGCUCUGUCGGUGAUCGCACUGGCCUGCGUGAUCGUCAACGGUCAACAAACGUCAGAUCAGAAACCUGUUUUUGGACAAACAUUCGAUGAAAUCGUAGUGUCAUCGGAUUUAAACGUUAGGAGAAAGUCCAAGGAAAAUCGUCAGGGUAAAACGUUGUUUAACAUACCUUCGCUCACCACCGGUCCCCCUGAAAAAUCCACUGCAGUCGCGGCGAGAUUCACUGCCAAUGAUGGCAGUCAAGUAACAUCUGAAAAAAGUCAAACAAAACGGGAAAUUUCAAAUUUAGAAAAAAGGUAUUUCGACAUGGACGUCGCAGCAUACCUGUUGAAAUCUCGGAAACGAUGAAAAUUCCACCCCGAGGACAACCGCACGAUCCUCACACACCCAUUCCGACCAUACCUUUCGACUCAAUUUCGGACCAUGGCUCAUGUAACAAAAAGGAUAAUAAAAAUUUUCUGUGUCACAGCAA